CUGCGGGCACCCCGGGGGACGCGGGGCUGCGGGGCUGCGGGGCUGCGGGGCCACCCUUGGCUGGCAACGCCCCUUCAGAGCAGAGUCCCCACGCUUUCCCCAGGUAGGGGACAGGAGACACCCCCAGGUGCGGGGUUGAGGACAUCCCCGCUGAGACUGGGACACCCCAGUGUGGGACACGGGGCUCUGCACAGCGGGGGGAUGAAGGCGGCAGAGAACUGUCCUGGGAUGGGGCAGGGUACCGAGAAGCGCCCCCAGGGAGGGGAACGGGGGUCCCAGGUAGGGGAGGGGACACUGAGGCCACCGCCACAGUCCUCACAGCGUCCUCCGAGAGCUGGGGGGGGGCAUGCGGGAUCUGCUGGGGGAGAGGGGGUGUAGGAGAGCCUUCUCCCACCCCAAUUGGGGGAGAGGUGCCCCAUAAGCAGCCUCCACCCCAUCGAUCCCACCCCCUCUGGCACCCAUGAUUUUGGGGUGUCUCUCGCAGGAUACCACAGCCCCAUCCCAGCACAGCCACAGCCACCCCAAAACAGGAAGGUGCCGUCCUCCUGUUGUGCGGGCACCCCAAGAAAAGCGCAGUGCAGACCCCAGAGCUGCCACCCUCCAGCUUUAGCCACGCCGGUGGGCGGCAGUGGGGCAGCAAUGGGGCCGCUGGCGGCUGGGCUGCCCCAGCACAAAGAGGAAUGCGCCGAGCACAUGGUUCACAUUAGCCCUGCAGAUUGAUUUUUUUUUUUCCCCUUUAUUUUCCGCGGGGAGCAGGUGAAGGUUUGCGUGCAGGGCGAGGGCUGGCAGCGCCGGGACCCGUUUAGGUUCCGCCGGCGGGGAGGGAGGGAGCGCAGCCACUCCGGAUUCUCCUUUUUCCUCCCUUUUCUUUGAGUCAGAGGCUGAAGUCAGCAGCGUGCCCGUCCCACAGCGAUUUCCCCACUGCACAGGAUGUGGGGAUGCCCGUGAGCAGGAUUUAGGGAAGCAGAGCUGCCCCGUGCUGAAUGCGGAGUGCUGCAUGAGACCAGGCAACUCAUCACACAGGUAUUGUUCUGCAGCACGGCAGGGAUGGAUGCAGCGCUGGAUGGAGCCUGGGGGUCCCCGGGAGCUGUUUUGGAGGGGGAAGCAGGGAGGAAGCAGGUCCUGGCUGCUUUUCCCAUUGCUGAGCACAGCCCUUUUCCUUCCCGACUGGGGUCAGCCAGGGUCGGGCGCAUCCUGCCUAUGCGGUGGCCGCUGUGCUUUACAAUCCCAUUUUCCACAGGCAAGGUGGGUUCCUCCCGCAGUUUGAUCCCAGCUGGGGUCAGUAAGAGAGGAAUAAAAGAGGGUUACAAUGCUUGCAAAAGGCUGGGGUUGGUAAGGAAUGCCUGGGACAAAGUGGGGGAUUUGGGAAGCUGCGCACGCUGCCCGCAGCCAGGUGCUCUCCAGGUGCCCUCACCGCACCAGGCACGAGGCUGUUUAUUGCUGUGACCUGGGGCGGGGAUGCCCGUUCCUUAUUGCCUAUCCAGGAAGGGGAAGAGGAGGCGGGUUGAGGCUGAAGGACAGCGGCAGCCACAGGCACACCGCACUGCUGGGGCGCUGGCACAUUCCUUUCUGCUUUCUUCUUUUUUGUUUUUUCCUUAUUUUUUCUUCCCCGAAACCCCAGCCCACGUCCAGCCCCUCUGCCGUUUCUGCGAUGCUGCCCAGGAAGGCAGAGAAAAGGAUGACUUCAUCUGUCUUCAUCACCCUGGCGUCCCCACGGAGGGAGGCGGCCCCCAGCGAGCAGCCCCACACAGGGCUGUCACCAGCUGUCCCCGAGGGCAGCCCUCGCCCCCCGACGACCCCAGCGCUGCCCAAUGGAGAAUCCUGCCCUCACUCCCCAGCAGUGCCUUCAUCCCCACUGGCUCUCAUCCUCUCCGAAGAGCCCCAGCCCCUCUCCACGGAGGCACUGGCUCCAGCUCUGCAGCAGCUGGACCUUGCAGCACCCACCACGGCGCAGGCUCCUUUUGCCUUCCCUGCUGAACUGAGGCCUCUCCAAGUUUGCCAGGGACAAGCAGACAAGCUGCAGUGGCAGGAUGCAAAUGGGCACGGGGAGAGGAACGGCUCCCGAGACAUCUGCGCCUUCUGCCACAAAGCCGUGGGCCCACAGGAGCCAACGGUGGAGGCGAUGCGGAAGCAGUACCACGCUGACUGCUUCACCUGCCGGACCUGCCAGCGACGCCUGGCCGGCCAGCGCUACUAUCAGAGGGAUGGCCGCCCCAUCUGCGAUGCCUGCUACCAGGCCACACUGGAGAAAUGUGCCAAGUGCCAGGGGCUGAUCACUGAGCGCAUUGUGCGUGCCCUGGGCAAAGGCUUCCACCCCGGCUGCUUCGCCUGUGCUGCCUGCGGCCGGGCCAUCGGUGCUGAGAGCUUUGCGGUGGACGAGCAGGGCAAGGUGUACUGCGUGGCUGACUUCUACAGGAAAUUCGCCCCGGUGUGCGGUGCCUGCAAGUGCCCCAUCAUCCCUGAUGAGGACACCUACAAGAUCGAGUGCCUGGGACGGAGCUUCCACGAGAGCUGCUACCGCUGUGAGAGCUGUGGGACGCCGCUGUCGCCGGAGCCGACGGAGGACGGGUGUUACCCGCUGGGCCACCACCUGCUCUGCAGAGCCUGCCACAUCUGCCGGCGGAACGAGUCGUCCUGCUGAACUGCAGGCUGUGAGAAGGGCCGGGCCACUGGGAUGGACCCACCGAGAGCAGCAGUGUGAUCACCACAGUGUGCCAGGACCCCAGCCGUGCAGCUCGGCCUCUGCCAGCUGCUCAUCACAAGAAGAAAAAGCCCUGGAAGAGCAGUGGUGGUGGAUGAGCUGAGGGUUUGUUCACUUUUUUUUUUUUUUUUUAAUCCUUUUUUGAAGUUGGUUUGAUUUCUUCAGUGUUUUUCUUUCCUCUCAAGCUUUCUUGGGGCUUUGUUUAAACACUUCUCUCUGUGGUGAUGCAGAGAGCAGCACUGAUUUAGCUCCUUGUCAUUACAUAAAACCCCGAGCUAAAAAUGCCGUCUCUUUCAUCCGCCCGUUUCCUGUGUCCCAAACUUACAGAAGGCAAGUUUAAAAAGAAGGAAGAGGCCACAUUGGGACCUUGUGGGUCACCUCGGCUGGUAGGAGGCUGGGCACAGCUUGCUCGGGCUGCUGGCUGAUAGCACGGCUGGGGUGGGCUGGGAUGCGGCGAUCCGGCGGACGGGAGAGCAGGAGGUCUGUGCCGGGCCGGACCGGGGGUUCUGCAACGUGCCCGGUGUUGGUAAAGGAUGCGUGGUGUUUCUCUGCUCCGUCUCACAAAAGUCCCAGGCCGGCAGAGGGCAGCAGGAGCACAAAUUCCUCCAAUGGGUGAAAAAAGUGCCUGAUUCCUGUCUUCUGCGUGCAGCAACGCUGGUACCGAGGCUGAGGUUUAGCAUCUU